UUUUCGCCUAAACGCUACGUUUCGGCGCGUUCUCUCGCUCCACUUUUACGCGCUUUCUGGUCCCCGGAGUGGACCCGACGUCCCACCGAGCCACGCUGCGGACACACGGUUGUUUUUUUUUUCUUUUGUUUGCGUGCAGCCCUCGCGCGGAGCCGCGGCGUGCACAGCUCGGGACGGAAUGUCCUUACUUCGUGUGGUGCAGCGCCCGGCGGGAUCUCGAGACGGGCGUUGUUUGGAGCCGAAACCCGUACCGUCUUUUCUGGAGCUGUUUUUUUUUUUUUUUUUUUUUUAAUAUCGCUGCGGCUGUCUGAUGGAAAGACAAAGUUACGUAAGGCGAAUGCCGCACUGAAGAAAAACUUCCGCUUCCAAGUUGACCAGUGGCUUCGGAAUGCAUGCUACUCCACGAUGCAGUCGAUUGAAUGCAGACUGCACGUUUAUUCAUCAGCUACUGCAAAUUCCUACUCAUCGGCUAAACUGGGGCUUUUUCCUUCGCACGCAGAAGUGCAAGGAGUUGAAAACAAAUACUUAUGGUGCAGUUUAAUCAGUAUAAGUCGAUGGGUUGCUUGCAGCUUCAGGGGUAUAAUAAAGUUAUUACCUUUACGAGAGAAUGUUUAAAAGCUGAUUUAAGCAAGCCUACUCCGUGGACCAUAACAAAUACAACUGGCAGUCAUCGGUCCGCAUUGUGCGGGAAUCCCUCUUAUGAAAAUGUUUGAGACCCAUGGGGGUUGGGUGGUUUUGGUUUCACUAAGAUCUCAAACCACGAUUCUAAUGCCUGUAAUUACAAAUGACCUCUACGUUACCAGUGCAUUUUGCUCCAUUUUCAAAUCCGAUCGUCGCCUCAACAUCACGCUCUGCAGAGCUCUACUGUCAUUCUGACCUGUGGUUUGGGGAAGUGUAAAAGUGGAAAAGUUAUUCCCAUGUGCUCUUCUCAGGUUUCCUGUAAGCUGGUUCUCUGAACUAUUUAACAGAUGCAUAAUUGGCAUACAUGAGCUCUUCCUUUAAAAUUCCCCCUCAGCUGCCUUCACAGAUGACGAGCAGCCAGGUGGUCGUUUUCCAUCAGCUACUGCCUGUUUAUUCCUGUAGUUUAGGCCAAAGGUCUCUGAGUAGUUGACCUUAGAUAGUAGUUCUUUUGGCUUCAUCAUGUGGCCUGGAAAUCCGCUGAGGCGUAGUAGAAAUUUUCCUGUAUCUUUGGCUGGCUUUGCCCAAACACCUCUGUCAGUUGUCUUCGGGUAUGUGUAAAUGUUCGUCCUCACUAUUCUCGAAAUAAGACAUUUGCCAGUGGCGGACGGUACAGAACAGCCAAAACCUGUCCCGCAAAAAACAUCAUAAGAAAACAGUGUCAUCUUUGUUUUUUCAUUUGGCUGAACAAAAGACAACAAAUGAAAUUUGGUUUCAGACUUAACCACAUUAUGCUGUAUUUUGGCAGCCAUGUUCCACUCCCCUGACAUUUAAGUCUCAUAAGGAGGAAACCACAGUUAACGGGUACUUCUUGGCAAUGGCUAGUUUAAGCUCCCCUUGGAAUUAAGGGGAAUUUGUCUGGGUCUGCUUUCUACACUGUUCACUGUUCACCUCUCUUGCCAAGACUUAUGUAAAUGGAAGUAUACUCAUUCCAGCAGAAGAAGCAAAAUAAUAAAAUAGUCCAAUGAGAGCAGCCUCAGUGUCCGACUCCUAUAACAGACCAGCAAUUCAUCACAGUACGGCAACUCCGACUGCUAGAUAGAAGCAAUGCACCUUGGACAAAUGCCUCCUGGAAGCCCUUUAACAAACUGCAGGUCAGAUAAAGCUCUUACAUAUCCAUGUUUCUCAAAUUUGUUCAUGGAAAAUGGCUGUUUCCUACCCACAGGCCAUGAAGUAUGCCCCCAGUACGUUGUAUAACAAACAGAAUUUUAGGUGUUUUUCAUUGAUCUGGUUUAGUUGCAGUCUGAGCCUUUCUCCCAUUUCCUCCCUCUGCCUCCUAGCUGUGGUCACGACCGAGUCUGACACGAUGCCAGGACAAAUCCCAGAUCCCUCUGUGACAGCAGGCUCCCUGCCCAGCCUGGGCCCGCUGGCUGGGAUCUCGGCCACCACGCUGACUGACAAGCUCAAAUUUGGUGACCUCCAGGAGUUUGGGACGAUGCUGUCACCCCUGCACUUCCUGGACAGUCUGGGGAAAAGGCCCCUAGUCAUCAAAACAGAGAGAGAUGAAGAAGAAGAGAGGAGGAAACGAAGGCGAGAGAAAAACAAAGUGGCUGCCGCUCGAUGUCGAAACAAAAAGAAAGAGAGGACAGAUUAUCUACAAAAGGAAUCAGAAAGACUAGAGAUGUUAAACUCUGACCUUAAAGCGCAGAUUGAGGAGCUGAAGCUCGAACGACAGCAGCUGAUCCUCAUGCUCAACCGCCAUCGCCCCACGUGUAUUGUCAGGACAGAUAGUGUGAAAACCCCGGAGAGCGAGGUGAACCCCCUGCUGCAGCAGCUGGAGGCCAAGUGACGGCGCGACGGGUUUCUCCAGGUGGCGGUUGAGAGGAAGCAGCCAACUAGCAGCACUUAGCUUUGGGCCUCGGUCAUGGAGGAGAACCAGCAAAGCCCUCCUGCCCGACGACACAGAGCGUUCCAACACAAAAUGUGGAUCCAAUACGACGGGACACUGUUUUGGCAGUGAAAUCAAACUUUUUACGUCUCUCUUUUGCUUUCCCAUUUAGGUCAUCAGAGCUCCAGCCACUAUCUGUAUGAAGUUAAACGAGAAAAAAAAAAAA